UCUCCCCUCCCCCCAAGCGUGGCUCCAGCUGCACCACGCUCUCACCGAGUUCCAUGCUCCUGCUAAGGCAGCGCUGCUAUCUCCUUCCAGCCGCCAUCACGACCAUCUACCGGGAUCUCAUCAGCCAUGACGAGAUGGUCUCCGAUAUCUACAAGAUCCGGGAGAUGGCAGACGGGCUGUGCCUGGAGGCAGAGGGGAAGAUGGUCAGUAGGACAGAGGGUGACAUUGAUGACUGGCUUCUUGGUGGAAAUGCCUCCGCUGAAGGCCCUGGGGGCGAAGGUACCGAAAGCAUGGUCAUCACUGGUGUUGACAUUGUCAUGAACCAUCACUUGCCGGAAACCAGCUUCACAGAAGAAGCCUAUGAGAACUACAUCAGAGAUGACAUGAAAUCAAACCAAGGGAAGCUUGAGGAACAGAGAGCAGAAAGCGUAGAGCCUUUUAUGACAGCAGCUGCAGAACAAAUGGAGCACAUCCUUGCCAAUUCUAAAAACUGCCCGUUCUUUGUUGGUGAGAACAUGAAUCCAGGUGGCCUGGUGGCUCUGCCGGACGACCGUGAGGAUGGGGGACCCCACGUGUGA